AUGUCAUCCAACAACACCUCGGCCAGUGUCUCCAUCGAUAAGUUCGAUGGGGACAACUACUCAACCUGGUGCCGCUACAUGCGCGGCAUGUUUCUGACGAAGUCAGUCUGGUACGUCGUGAACCGCGAAGUGACUCCAACCUUCACCGACCCGCGAGCUUCAGACGAGUACGUCAAGGCAAGCAACAUCGCGUUCGGUUGA